AUGGAUAAAUUGUUCGUGCUUUCAUUUCUUGGUCUGUUGAUAGCGUCUUAUGGAGUUGCAGGAAAAAAGGUGCGUGACGACAUUGGCAUGCUUGAUGAGCUAGAAGAAAGCUUUGACAUAGAAGAAGAAGAUAAUGAUUUCAACUUUUUUGAUAUCCCGCCGUGGAAAAGUGAACGUGGUGGAAAGGUUCUUGUGAACGUAGACAGCUUUGGUGCUGCUGGAGAUGGAAUUUCUGAUGAUACCCAGGCCUUCCAAAAAGCAUGGGAUACUGCCUGCUCCACGCCACAAGCAGUUCUUCUAGUACCUCAAGGUCGCAGCUAUCUAGUCAAUGCCACAAAAUUCCAGGGGCCAUGUGCGGGAGGAUUAACUGUUCAGAUUGAAGGAACAAUAGUGGCACCAGAUGAACCUAGUAACUGGAAUCCAAAGUUUUCACGGCUGUGGCUUGACUUCUCCAAACUGGAGGCAGUCCUUUUCCAAGGGCACGGAGUUAUCGAUGGGUCGGGUAGCAAAUGGUGGGCGUCAUCCUGCAAGAAGAACAAGACAAAUCCUUGCAGAGGGGCACCAAGUGCAUUUACUAUAGAUUCAAGCAGAUCUGUAAAGGUGAAAGGCCUCACUAUCCAGAACAGCCAACAGAUGACUUUUGUGAUUUCUCGAUGUGAUUCCGUUCGGGUUACUGGAGUAAAAGUCUCAUCUCCGGGAGACAGUCCCAACACUGAUGGGAUCCAUAUCACUCAAUCAACAAAUGUGAUUAUCGAAGAUAGCAAAAUCGGAACAGGGGAUGAUUGCGUCUCAAUUGUCAAUGCUAGCUUCAAUAUCAAGAUGAAGAGAAUUUAUUGUGGACCAGGACAUGGAAUAAGCAUUGGAAGUCUUGGGAAGGACAAUUCAGUAGGCGUAGUUACUCGAGUGGUCUUGGACACAGCAGUUAUUAGAGAAACUACUAAUGGCCUCAGGAUCAAGACUUGGCAGGGAGGCUCGGGUUAUGUUCAAGGUGUACGUUUCCAAAACGUGAAGAUGGAAGAUGUAGCCAACCCCAUUAUCAUUGAUCAGUUCUACUGUGAUUCUCCAAAAAGUUGCGAAAACCAGACAUCGGCAGUGAACAUAACUCAGAUUAUAUACAAGAAUAUAAGCGGAACUACAAAGAGCGAAAAGGCAAUGAAAUUCUCCUGCAGCGACGCUGUCCCAUGCAGCAACAUAGUCCUGACCAACAUCAACUUAGAGAAGAAAGAUGGGACAGUGGAGACCUAUUGCAACUCUGCUCAAGGCUUUGGAUAUGGGACUGUUCAUCCUUCAGCUGACUGCCUCAGCUCCCAAGACAAGAACUCCAUACCAAUUCGCCAAACAGUCGAUGCUGAGCCUGAAAGACAGGAUAUAAUCCACACCGAACUUUGAUGCUUUUGCCGCCUUAUAGGCAUAUACAAACAUAAAUAAUUGAUUCAUAUAGCAUACCAAAUAGGGUAAGUGAGCUGUAGAGUGCUCUCUAGUAAAGGUUUCUGAGGAGGUUUAAGGUGGC